AUGCAACUAUCCAUAGCGAGACGGGGUGCUGCGAUGUUGAAGGUCGGUGGUCGGUUAGUCUAUUCUACAUGUUCCAUGAAUCCCAUAGAGGAUGAAGCGGUUGUCGCUCAACUGUUACGAGAAUCAGAAGGAACGUUACGACUAUGUGAUGCUCACCCUCUUUUACCAAAGCUUAUUGGUCUUCGUGGAGUUUCCACGUUUUUGAUCGAGACAAUGAUUUCAUGGUACGAUAAGCCCUCUGAUGUACCAGAACAGCUGCGAAAGAUGAUAUGUGAGUCCAUGCGCAUUGUACCUCAUCAUCAAGAUACGGGUGGUUUCUUCGUUGCACUUUUGGAAAAAGUCGAGGAGAAGCCUCUCGACAGUCCUGUGGUUGUGGGAGCACCUGCAUACAAAAAGCAGAAAAUGUUCAAGGAUGAACCUUUCACCUUUUUGAAGAAAGACGACGAGCGGUGGCAUGACAUCAAGUACGUUUUUGGUUCCGGGCUUAUUUAG